CUGAAUUUCUCAAUUCGAAUUUCACCCCACCGAGAACCAUUUUGUUUGGAGGCGACAUCAUCCCCGAACUUUCCCAUCACCAACAGCAAAUUCAUCGAGGACCGGCAAAAUGCAGAUCUUCGUGAAGACCCUGACGGGCAAGACUAUCACCCUUGAGGUGGAGUCCUCCGACACCAUCGACAACGUCAAGUCCAAGAUCCAGGACAAGGAGGGUAUCCCCCCGGACCAGCAGCGAUUGAUCUUCGCUGGUAAGCAGCUGGAGGACGGCCGAACCUUGAGCGACUACAACAUCCAGAAGGAGUCGACUCUUCACUUGGUCCUCCGUCUCCGUGGUGGUAUCAUUGAGCCCUCGCUCAAGGCCCUCGCCUCCAAGUUCAACUGCGAGAAGAUGAUCUGCCGCAAGUGCUACGCCCGUCUUCCCCCGCGUGCCACCAACUGCCGCAAGAAGAAGUGCGGUCACACCAACCAGCUCCGACCCAAGAAGAAGCUCAAGUAAACGAUUCGUUUCCUCAUUUUCCGGCGUACCUGGUUUUCGGCAUUAUCAUUACGAGACAGAUCGGACGGGGCGGAGGGAUCCUCGGCAUGGCUAUGGCA